ACUCGGGAAUUCGGGGGGGGCGGAGGGACUUUUAGGGUUUUUAUUUCUUUGGAUGAUUGGAGGGGUUGAUGUUGUCGGGCAAUUCAAUGCGGAAAUCGUUCAAGGACUCGUUGAAGGUCCUUGAGGCUGACAUCCAGCACGCCAAUUCUUUGUGAUUUUUGGAAGGGUACAUUUUGUAUCCUUAAUUUAUGACAUAUUUGGCUAUUUUGGGUGGAAAUUGGUCAUAGAUGGUAUGUGCAUGUGUCUCGGUGGGGUUUUCUUUCGGUAUAUUGUUAUUUUAAGAAAGAGGGCAUCAGAUUUUCCCACUGAUUAUGAUGGUGCAUGCCUUCAAAUGCGAGUGUCAUACUGUCCAGCUGCACACUUAUUUCUUUUUCUUGUGCAGUGGACAGAUUGUAGCCUUGCUGGGGCACUUGGACUCCUUAGAAUUAUGAUAUAUAAGGUUCAUGCUGAUGGAUCAACAACCAUGUCAACACAUGAAAGAAAAGCUAGCAUUAAAGAAUUCUAUGCUGUAAUUUUCCCCUCAUUGCUUCAACUAAAAAAAGGAAUCACCGAUAUGGAAAACAAAAGGCAAAAGGCAGUAUGCAUGGAAAGAUAUAGACGAAGAGAUGAGGAUGAGAGGAAGCAGUUCUCUGAGACAGAUGAUGAAAGAGAAGAAGAAUGUGGUAUUUGCAUGGAGAUGAACAGCAAAAUCGUAUUGCCUAAAUGCAACCAUGCUAUGUGCAUGAAAUGCUACAGAGAAUGGAACUCGAGAUCACGAUCAUGCCCCUUCUGCCGCAAUAGCCUCACGAGAGUAAACUCUGGCGAUCUGUGGAUGUUCAUCGAUAACAGAGAUGUGGUUGACACGGCAAUGGUGACCCGUGAAAAUAUCAGGCGUUUAAUCAUGUACAUAAAGAAGUUGCCGGAGAUUGUUUCAGAAACAGUUUCUGAUCCUUACGAUUCACAUCUUAGAUGACCUACGAUUCUCCCAUGCCGCCAGGUUAAACUUCCCCCAAUUCCUUAACCUUAGUAGUAUCUGCCUGCUCAAUUAGCUCGAUUUAUUUAAGCUUUAGAGGUCAUUCCAAUUCAUAUUCCGAAGCUACAUCGUAGGUAUAUACUUGAGCGUCUUCGUCACUAUGUAAAUGCUUGUACAGUCUCUUAUUUAUUAACAUGAUAAUUGCAAUUUGGUGCAA